CAGUGCCAGGCGGCCCGCGGCGCCUCCUGCGCGUCCUAUUCGGAGCAGCGGCGGCGGCCCCCCGUUGGAGAGCAAGGAGCAUGUCGGACAGUUUCGAUCGGGCUCCAGGUGCUGGUCGGGGCCGGAGCCGGGGCCUGGGCCGCGGAGGGGGCGGGCCUGAGGGCGGCGGGUUCCCGAACGGAGCGGGGCCUGCGGAGCGGUCGCAGCACCAGCCGCCGCCGCCGCCGCCGCAGCCCAAAGCCCCGGGUUUCCUGCAGCCGCCGCCGCUGCGCCAGCCCAGGACCGCCCCGCCGCCAGGGGCCCAGAGCGAGGCCCCCGCCGGCUCCGCGCGGCCUCCCCGGCCUGGGGCGCUCCCAGAACUACCGAGGCCCCAGAGAGCUCCACCUAGUUCACAGGAGAAAAUCCCACAGCAGAACUCGGAGUCAGCAAUGGCUAAGCCCCAGGUGGUUGUGGCUCCUGUGUUAAUGUCUAAGCUGUCUGCGAACGCCCCCGAAUUCUACCCAUCAGGUUAUUCUUCUAAUUAUACAGAAUCCUAUGAGGAUGGUUGUGAGGAUUAUCCCACUCUAUCAGAAUACGUUCAGGAUUUUCUGAAUCAUCUUACAGAACAGCCUGGCAGUUUUGAAACAGAAAUUGAACAGUUUGCAGAAACCCUGAAUGGAUGGGUCACAACAGACGAUGCUUUGCAAGAACUUGUGGAACUUAUCUACGAACAGGCUACGUCUAUCCCAAAUUUCUCUUACAUGGGAGCUCGCCUGUGUAAUUACCUGUCCCAUCAUCUGACAACUAGCCCACAGAGUGGCAACUUCCGCCAAUUGCUACUUCAAAGGUGCCGGACGGAGUAUGAAGCUAAAGACCACGCUGCAAAAGGGGAUGAAGUGACCCGAAAACGAUUUCAUGCGUUUGUUCUGUUUCUGGGAGAACUGUAUCUUAACCUGGAGAUUAAAGGAACAAAUGGACAGGUUACACGAGCAGAUAUCCUUCAGGUUGGUCUUCGGGAACUUCUGAAUGCUCUGUUCUCUAAUCCUAUGGAUGACAACUUAAUUUGUGCAGUAAAAUUGCUAAAGUUGACAGGGUCAGUUUUAGAAGAUACUUGGAAGGAAAAGGGGAAAACUGAUAUGGAAGAAGUAAUUCAGAGAAUUGAAAAUGUUGUCCUAGAUGCAAACUGCAGCAGAGAUGUGAAACAAAUGCUCUUGAAGCUUGUUGAACUUCGAUCAAGUAACUGGGGCAGAGUUCAUGCAACUUCCACAUACAGAGAAGCUACCCCAGAAAAUGACCCUAACUACUUCAUGAAUGAACCAACGUUUUAUACAUCUGAUGGUGUUCCUUUCACUGCAGCGGACCCAGAUUACCAAGAAAAGUAUCAAGAAUUACUUGAAAGAGAGGACUUUUUCCCAGAUUAUGAAGAAAAUGGAACAGAUUUAUCAGGGGCUGGUGACCCAUAUUUGGAUGAUAUCGAUGAUGAGAUGGACCCAGAGAUUGAAGAAGCUUAUGAAAAGUUUUGUUUGGAAUCAGAGCGCAAACGAAAACAGUGAAGUUAAAUUUGAGGAUAUCUGGGGUUUUUUUUUUUUUUUUUUUUUUUUUUUUUUUUUUUAAAGUUUAGGUAUGGUGAUUUAGCAGAACACAGGAAAGCAAGAAACUGUGUCAGACUUAUACCAAAUUAAGGAUUUUGAGUUAUGUUACUAAUGUAUGCAACUUUAAUUUUGUUUAACACUACCUGCCAAAAUAAACUUUAUUCCCUGUAACUUAAAAUGUGUAUAUAUAUAUAAUAGUUUUAUUAUGUACAGUUAAUUCUACUGUUUUGGCUGCAAUAAAAUCGAUUUUGAAAUAAA